ACGGUAAUACUUCAAAACUUGAAACAAGAACGAAAAAGUGCUCCAUUGAGUUUCCGAUCAGUUCUGAAAAUACGAAGCCCUAGCGACUUUUAGUUUUUAUUUCACAGCAUUUCUACGGAAAGCCCAAGAAGAGGGGAGGGGUACCCUUAAUUAGACACGAAAAUUGGAAAGCAAUGACCAACAAGGAUUUACUCUGCUCGAAUAGUUAAACAAAUCUUUUUCUACUAUAUUGAUUUUAAAAAUACAAAUUCCUGAACUCUCACAAUGCAUGUGCAGCCCUGUAGAAGAGGAAAUUCUUGUGUCCCAACAUAGAACUGUAGAUAAGAUGAAAAUAUAUACUGAUUUAUUUAAACGAAGAAUAAUAACCCCUCCGUAUGAAAAGUCAACUAAACUGUUAGUAAAGAGAAAAGUUAAUUGAACUACAUUUAUACAUUGGUAUACAUUUAUUUCAUGUAUAUGAACAAACUUUCUUCAUAAAUUGAUUGAUAUUAUGGUUUUAUACUUUAGAUAUCAAUAUACAAGAUAUUAAACGCUUAUCGAUUAAAGAGCUUAAUGAAAUACUUGAACAUUCACCCAAACUAGAUGAGUUACCCGAAGAAAUUCAGUCAAAUGAAAUAUAUCGUCUAUACUUAAAUCAAGAUACACAAAACGACUGGAAAGCAGAUGGGUACCGCUGGAAAAGUGGAUCAUGGCGUAAAUGGCCAAAAAAUAACAAUUUAUUCAAAAAGAAAUACUUCACGUGUAUUAAUGGUGAUGGAGAGGAAACAAAUCCGUUGCCAAAAUUGAUCCUCAUGGAAAUGCACGACUAUCGACAUCACACAUUUAUCAACGAACCAAACCCUCAACCAUUAAACAAAUUGAAAAAUCCGUUAAAACAUCUACUGUGA